AUGAAUUUCCAACUAAACCAUUUGAAAAAAAUUGCCCUUGAUAUCUUGCAAUUUGGUAAUCAAAAUUACUUAGUAGUUAUCGAUUAUUACACUAAAUGGAUUGAGGUUUCUAACAUAAAAGGUAAGACAGCAAAUGAAAUUAUGAUAAAGUUAAAAUGCAUCUUUGCCAGGUACGGUAUUGCAAAUGAAGUCGUUUGUGACAAUAAUCUCUGUAAUAGCUACUUAUUUAAGAAAUUUGCUGAAGAUUGGGAUUUCGAACUUAAAUUUAGUAGCCCCAAAUAUCCUCAAAGUAAUGGGUUGGCUGAAAACGCUGUAGGAAUAGUGAAAAAUAUCAUGAGGAAAGUGCAAGAUAUAAGUGUAGGCUUAAUGGAAUAUCGAAAUACCCCAGUUAGUGGAAUAAAUUUGUCUCCUGCACAACUGUUACUUAAUAGAAGAUUAAGGACAAAAUUACGUAUCAGUAAUAAAUUGUUAAAUACUAAAAUAAACAAACCUUAUUCUAAAUUUCGUGCACUUCAAGGUAGGCAAAAAUAUUAUUAUGAUAGAACCACACAGAAACUGCCUGAGUUAAAACCUGGAGAUAGGAUAACCUUGUUCAACUUUAGAACUGGGCAAUGGGAUAAAGAUAAAGAGGAAAAUUCAAAUAGAAGGCCUAAGAAUGUUUCUGUGCCUAUUAAUAUAGGAAAUCAACAGAAUAAUCUAUCCAAUAAUACAAUAACAAGAAGUGGAUGGUUGAUUAGACAACCUUCAAGAUAUAGAGACUUUGUCAUGGAAUAA